CACACGCCUUGUUGGUCUUUAACGUCGCUGCCUCCAGGGCUGAGCUGUCCAGAGCCGGGGAUCCGAUUGGGGCAGAAUGGAGACGGGCAGCGUGGCCGACUCGCUCCUUUCCGGAGCUUGCGUGGUCUUCACCCUUGGCAUGUUCUCCACCGGCCUCUCGGACCUUAGGCACAUGCAGAGGACCCGGAGCGUGGACAGCGUCCAAUUCCUGCCCUUUCUCACCACGGAUGUCAACAACCUGGGCUGGCUGAGUUACGGGGUCUUGAAGGGAGACGGGACCCUCAUUGUCGUCAACGCCGUAGGUGCUGUGCUUCAGACCCUGUAUAUCCUGGCCUAUCUUCACUACUGCCCGCAGAAGCGUGUUGUGCUUCUACAGACUGCAACCCUACUGGGGGUUCUUCUCAUGGGUUAUGGCUACUUUUGGCUCCUGAUGCCGGAUGAUGAGGCCCGGCUUCAGCAGCUCGGCCUCUUCUGCAGCGUCUUCACCAUCAGCAUGUAUCUCUCACCACUGGCUGACUUGGCCAAGGUCAUUCAAACUAAAUCAACCCAUCGUCUCUCCUUCUCACUCACCAUUGCCACUCUCCUUACCUCUGCCUCGUGGUCCCUCUAUGGGUUUCGACUCAGAGAUCUCUACAUCAUGCCCUUUUAUUGCAGGUCCCCAAUCUUCCAGGAAUCCUUACCAGCUUUAUCAGAUUCUGGCUUUUCUGGAAGUACCCCCCAGAGCAAGACAAGAGUUAUCGGCUUCUGCAAACCUGAGGCAGCUCAUCUGAACACUUAGGCACCCUAAAGCCAACUUGAUACCAAAGAGUUCCUUGUUUCAAAUGGUCCUGGUGACCUGUUCCAUGGGUGCAGUGGGUUGUGGAAGAGACAACUUUGAAAGUAGAGGGUUCAAAAAGUGACCUUCACUCAGAAGAUUGGGUGGGACUUAUGAGAUGAAAUCACUUAUUUGCUUGAGAAAUUUAUCUUUUUUUUAAUUUUGGAGGUUGGGGUGCUAUCUUUACACUGUGCCUUAAAAUAAAUUGUUCCCCAUCCCUGCCAA